AUGGCCUCACUAAAGGAAUCCUUGGCAGGUCCAGGAUAUGUGAUUCUCAAUGCGAUCCGCAUCAUCAAUAUAAUUGUCUUUCUCGAUAUCAUUGCCGCUAGUGCGGUGUUGUUAGUGAAGAUCUCGCUGUUGACCAGCUUCUUCUUCUUCGAAGCAGUCUCUCGUGUGGCUACUGCUGGAGUCAGCAUUUUUCUCAUUAUAUCUGAACUCCCCAUCUUGCGUGAUUACUUCGACCGAGACUGGCCUUUACUAGGGCAGGAGUCCGGAUUCGUUACCUUGGCCAUCGCAAUGCUCAUACUUGGAGUUGGAGUAUUGGGCGACCUCAACACGAAGGCGACAAGCCAGGAAUCGCUCGGGAUGCCAUUUUGGCGCCUCGUACUCUCCGCUGGUAUCUUAUCUAUGAUUAUGAGCGUGAUCAAUGUAGUUGCGAGCUUCGUAUUUUCUGACCGCGACAUUGGUGUAAGCGCACGGCAUGUCCGGCUUUAUGGAGCGGUGGCACCUCAAAAAGUGGUAACGCGAGCCGGGAGCCAACGAUCAUUCCAGCUGAGCAUGAAGAGGGAAGAAUCAUUGCCAACGUACAGCCCACAUAGCUCUAUACGCAGACAUAUGUCUCAGCGGAAUAGCACUCGCUUUCCACUCAAGAUCUCAUCGCCACUGAAUCCGAUGAAUAUUAGUGACGCAGCAUCCAUCAAGUCGUUCCUCAUCUUCUUCGCGCCCAUCAUUAUUCCACGGGCCAUCAGCUUCUACCGCAGUCUUCGCAUCUCGAUAGCUACCAGGCCCCCUCCUCGGCCGGUGCCUCGCGAUGCUUCGCGGGCCUUGAACCUCCUCUUCUUCUCGAUAACCUUCUUCUUCCUCCUCAGCCUUCCUUUCAACCCGCGGGCACCACCGCAAAGCAUCUUCACUCUUACCCAUUCACGCAUUAACACCGCUAGCGACGUUCUUUUCUCGCGACUGACGCGCCUUCGGUCGGAUGGUGCCCUCACUCCGAGUGACCUCCUCCUGAAGACGAAACUCACCACUUUUCCCGCUCGCAAGAUUUACCUCCGCUUCGGCCCGGACGCCUUGUCCAACUGUCAAUUCUGCUCGCUUGAUAAUCCCACCACCUACAUUCUCUACUACCUUCCGUUCCAUGUGCUUCUCCCCCAUUUGUUUCACAUGGCCAUUCUAGGUGCAGCAACCGCCGCUCCCUUAACGGGCCAGGAUGCCAGCAAGUGGCGCAACAAAUUCACGCUGGCAGGUGCCGCACUUGCGCUCUUGGACCUAUACCUUGUCUUCAGCUACGAUCCUGUCCAGUCGGGUCUAGCGGCUGUGCGUGCUGGGGUCGCGGUCCCAACGGCUGCGUAUUACCAGCUUGGACUGCUCCGACCACUUGCGUUUGCGGUCGCGGAUGGGAUCUGUGCGCUCCUGAUUUAUCUCUCAGCCACGCGGAGAUUCUUCUAUACACCGCCAUCGCAGGCGGAGCAGGUCGACCAGUUAGUGUCGGCGUCAUUGUCAGCGCUCGGUGGAGCAACGUCCAAGAUGCAUGCACUUAGUGUCACCCGCAAUACGGUGGUCAGGGACAAGGUGCUCAAGGAUCGAGAUGAUGCGUACUGGCGGACAGUGGUGGCAUUGAACGUGGACAACCCGGCUCUGAGAGAAGAUAGGCAGCCUGCGACGGCAGACGGGGCUCAUGGCUCGGCGGCGUCACCUCCAGCACCAACCUCGAUUUGGGAGGAAGAGGAAGUAGUUCGUGCCAUGUCGCGCGCAUUGGCCGGACAAGGCGGCGUUGACCUGGCCAAAUUGGGGAUGGACGCUGCGGAGUAUGUCAAUACCAUCACCAAGGGACUGGACAGUGGUCAAUAG